AUGAAUAGUCAAUACAAAAAAACCCGAAAAUCAACAGUUGGUCAAAAGGUGAUACAUUUAUUUGGCCCACCAGAAGACAAAAAAGAUGAAAAGGGUACAACUAAAACAUUAUAUCAGUGUCAUAUUUGUAGCAAAAAAAUAAACGGAACGAAAGAUUGCAAUUUAGUGUCACAUAUUCGAAGUGUACACCCGGAAAACUAUGUCGAAAUCGUUGAAAAAUUCAAAGAUCCGUUAGAAGUAAAAAGAUUGAAAAUACUGCAAAAUGCCGUUGAACUUGUAACUGUAAAUGGCAGGCCAUUUUCAGCCAUACAAGAUUCCGGCUAUAUAGCCAACAUUGAAAAUAAACUAAAUAAGUUGAAGGCAAAUGGUCUGGACUUAGAUUUGUCACAUAAUAAAUUGUAUGAAGUCAAAAAUCAUUUGAAAUUAACAGCCGACAACGCACGCAAUAAAGUUCGCGAGGAAGUUCAAGACAAAUUAGUUUCUUCCACAAUUGACAUUACAACUUUAAACAGUCGUUCCUUCUUAGAUAUCAGUGUUCGUUUCAUUGCAAAUGGGAAAUUGAUAAUUCGUUCAAUAUCAAUGAUUGAGUUGCACGAAUCACAUACGGGAAUUUAUCUCGCGAAUAUUUUUGCAAAUGAGAUGGAGAGUUAUGGAAUUAGUUUGCGCUCAGUUGUGGCGAUUAGCAGAGAUCAUGGUUCAAAUGUGAUAAAAAUGGUGCGUGACUUGAAUUGCUUAGCAGACCGAAAACAAGUAGAAAAUCGCACAAUAGAUAGUAUUGAUAUGGAAACAGUUGCAAACAGUAACGAAGAACUUGAUGUGGAUGGAAAAAUCAGUGAAUUACUAGCAGAAAAUAUUACGGAUGAUGAGGCGCUUGAUAUGUUAUUCCAAGAGAAUGAGACAAAUAUGGCAUUAAACUCUUAUAAUAAUAUUUUAAAUGAUGUUUCGCAGCAUUUAUUGACCCAUGGCGUCGAGUCUAACGUAAAUAUCGCUGGUAUCGAUUGCGUCGCACACAAAGUACAAUUAAUUACCAAAGAUGGACUCAAAAUGAUGUGGGAAUGUGACCGAAAUGUGAUCGAUUUGGCAAGGUGUGUAAGCAAAGAAUUGAGAUUACAAUCGGUUCGAGAUGAAAUGUUUCAUUUGAAUUUGCAAUAUACAUUACCUCGACUUGAAGUAAAAACGAGAUGGUGCUCUACGUUUUUGAUGGUCUCUGACGUCUUAAGCUUUUUACAAGAAUCUGCUUACAUAUUGGGUAUCAUGUAUAAAACAACUGUUGAAUUGCAAGCACGUGGCCUUACACUCUCAGAUGUGUACGCGUUAUUUUUGGACCCAAGAUAUAGAAACCAGGUCAUGAAUGAUGAAAAUAAAUUCGAAGAAGCUGUCGAAACUCUUUGUGAUACAUUCAAUCGCAUAAAUCAUAUCAAUUCACACAAUCAAAAUGAUAACAUUGUUAAUACAAGCAACACGUCCACAGCAAGUGAAGAAUUCGAUAUAAAUGUAGCAAUGCGUAGUUUCAUGAUAGAAAAUUCAGAAUCAAAUUCAUCGGAUCACACCACUUCCAGAGCCAUCGAAAGCUUAGACAUUGAGCACAAAAUUCGUGCAUUUCAACCAGAUACAUUGGAUCACUCGAAGUCAGUUGUGGAGUAUUGGGAGAAAUUUAAAACUAAACAUCCGGAGCUAUAUCAAUUGGCCAGUGUAAUUUUUGCCGUAUCACCGACGGAAGUUGAAAACGAACGGAAUUUUUCUUCGCUAAAACAUGUUUUUAGUGAUCGACGAUGCAAUCUAGCUGAAGAGCGUUUAAAAGACAUAAUGUUUCUGCAUAUGAAUUCAGAUUUGUUUUAUGCGGUGAAAGAGGAUCAAAUUAGCGAUUUGGUGGCUAAACUUGAUAUAAAAGCUAUGGCUCGAGAUAAUAAAUUGCAUAGCUGA